AUGGUCGAUACUCCUAGUGACAGUAAUGUGCUCGAUGAGCCAAUUGCCAUCGUCGGCAUGGCAUGCCGGUACCCUGGAGAGGGUUCAUCUCCAGCUGGAUUCUGGAAUAUGAUUAGCAAUGCUCGCACAGCACACCGUACUAUCCCGAAAAGUCGAUUCAAUGCUGAUGCCUGGUAUCAUCCUGACCCAGACAGGAAGGGUGCUAUGGGUGUCAAAAGCGGAUUUUUUAUAGAUGAAGACCCUUCUCGAUUCGAUGCCCCAUUCUUCUCCGUGACAGCAAAGGAGGCGAGUACCAUGGAUCCCAUGCACCGUUGGAUACUCGAGGUUACCUACGAAGCCCUGGAGAAUGCCGGUAUUCCCAUGACGUCUCUACCUGGUUCUGACACUGGGUGCUUUGUUGGAUGCUUUACUCAAGAUUAUUCUCUCAUGUCAAAUUCCGAUAUUUUCAACACAGGUCCAUAUAUGGCAACGGGUAACGGGGCUACUAUGCUGUCAAAUCGGGUUUCCUGGUUUUUUGACUUGCGAGGUCCAUCCCUCAGUGUCGAUACUGCGUGCAGUAGUACCAUGUAUGCACUUCACCUAGCGUGUCAAUCCAUCAAGGCUGGAGAGAGUAAACAAGCCAUUGUUGGCGGAACCAACCUUCUUCUAUACCCUUACCUCUUUCACUCUCUCAGCAAGAUGCAUAUGAUGAGUCCUGAUGGCCAAUGUCACUCUUUUGAUGACCGGGCAAAUGGGUACGCUCGCGGCGAAGCAAUUGGCGCUCUCGUUGUUAAAUCAUUGAGCUCUGCCAUUGCCGAUGGAGACACCAUCAGAGCCGUAAUCCGUGCCACGGGUUGUAACCAAGAUGGUCGUACUCCAGGCAUCACGAUGCCGAGCGCGCAGGCACAAGCCAGUUUGAUUCGGAGCACAUAUGCAAAAGCUGGAUUGCCGCUCACGGAGACGGCAUAUUUUGAAGCUCAUGGAACUGGUACUCCACUUGGUGACCCCUUGGAGCUCUCAGCUCUUGGGGCUACUUUUGGCGCGGCCAGAGAACCAGACCAGACCCCCUUGUAUGUGUCCAGCGUGAAGACCAAUAUUGGCCAUACUGAAGGGUGCUCUGCGCUUGCUGGUAUCAUGAAGGCUGUUCUUAGCAUUGAAAGAGGGCUUAUCGCUCCAAAUGCGGGAUUUGAGAACCUCAACCCCAAACUACGACUUGAAGAAUGGAAACUUGCCUUGCCACCAAAGACAAUUCCUUGGCCUACUACAGGCGUCCGCAGAGUCAGCGUAAACUCCUUUGGAUACGGUGGAGCCAAUGGACAUGUCAUUCUUGACGACGCGGCCAGCUUCUUCUUGGAAAACGGAAUCUCGGGUAACCACACGACACUUCCAUUACCAAAAGCUGAGCGGGUGACUGAUGAUGGCGACUCUGGCUUCGACAGUAGUGUCAUUAGCGACGGCGAAGAUGCUGGCUCAUUAUCUGCCAACAAGCUUUUUGUAUUUUCCACGUUUGAUCAGGCUGGCUUGGUGAGAACGGGCUCUUCGUGGACACAAUUCCUCUCCGGAAGGGUUCAAGACGCUAAAGGGUCAGCUUUAGGUGUUGAUGCUGACUUAAUUACUUAUGCUAACGACCUGGCAUACACUCUUUCCACUCGCCGUACUUUGUUUGACUAUCGAUCUUUUGCGGUAGCCCCAUCUCUCACAGAGCUGUGUAGCAAAUUAGAGCAGGGCCUUCCGAAGAUCCGCCGUGCGGCGAAGAAUGACAAUGUCAUCAUGGUUUUUACUGGACAGGGCGCUCAAUGGCCAAAGAUGGGCACGGAGUUAAUCGCCCAUCCUGUUUUCUUGGAUAGCAUCAUCAAGACUCAGAGCGUCUUGGAUUCUUUGGGCUGCCCAUGGAAUGCUUUGGAGGAGCUUAUGAAGCCCGAAAAGGACAGCCGAAUUAACAAUGCUGAUCUUUCUCAACCUCUCUGCUCUGCAAUACAAAUAGCUCUGGUAGACUUGCUUUCUUAUUGGGGUAUCAAGCCAAAGGCUGUCGUUGGACAUUCCAGCGGAGAAAUCGCUGCGGCCUACGCCGCUCGUGCUAUAUCUCAUGAAGAUGCGGUCAAAGUGGCUUACCUUCGAGGCAUUUAUUCUACAAGCGUGGGCCGUACAUUGGAAGGAGUCGCCGGCGCAAUGAUGGCAGCUGGAAUUUCGGAAGAAGAGGCUCAACAUUAUUUGGACCGUGUUACAUCUGGAAAAGCCGUUGUUGCUUGCAUUAACAGUCCAUCUAGUAUAACCCUCUCCGGUGACAAAUCCGCCAUUAUCCAACUCGAGGCCAUGAUAACAGCGGACAAUAAGUUCGCACGAGCGCUGAAGGUACCAACAGCUUAUCACAGUCACCACAUGUUAGCCAUAGCGGACGACUAUCUCAAAGCUAUGGGCCAACUUCAAAUGCAAACCCCUCCCAAAGAUUCUCCUUUCAUGAUUUCAUCCGUCACUGCCGGCUUAAUUCAACCAGGUGAUUUGGAUGCCGCUUACUGGGUCAAGAACAUGGUGAGCCCGGUACGGUUUGCCCAUGCUGUCCAAGCAUUGAUUCGUCAUUCCCCAAGUACACGUGGAAGACGCAGAGCAAUUAUAAACUACAGUGCAAUGAUCGAAGUAGGUCCACAUGGAGCUCUUAAAGGGCCUCUCAACCAGAUUCUGGCCGGCAUUGACAGUAAACUAAACACGACAAUCACCUAUGCAUCCUUGUUAUCUCGCGGUCAGAGUGCCGAGGCCACUGCCCUUGAAUGCAUAGGAAAGCUAUGGUCUCAAGGGUUGCCGGUGAAUCUUCUCCGAGUCAAUCUCCAGGAGAAGACUUUCGGUUCUCCGUUGAAAGUACUUUCAGAUCUCCCAGCCUAUGCUUGGAAUCAUAGUAAAGAAUUUUGGCACGAACCCGAAAUGGCCAAGGCCAAUCGUUUCAAGAAAGCCCCCAGGAACGACCUUCUUGGAAUGGCAGUGGAUGUUCAAAAUCCUCAUCAUCCCAGGUGGAGGCAAUUUCUCUCUCUCCAUGAGCAGCCUUGGCUUAAAGACCAUAAUAUCACAAACAGCGUUCUAUUCCCUGGUGCUGGUAUGCUCAUUAUGGCUCUGGAAGCCGCACAUGACAUUUCGGACAAGAAUAAGACGGUCCAUGGCGUUGAGUUCCGCGAUGUUAAAUUUGAGCGCGGCAUGGUCAUUCCUGAAGACCCUGAUCAGUCAGUGGAGACUUCGUUGGAGUUCCAGGCUCACAAGCUUGACAAUGAGGUUGUUGAUGGAUGGUUCCGCUUCACUCUAUUUUCACUCCCUCCUGACGGCGAGUGGGUUGAACACUGCUCGGGUCUAAUCUCCAUUGUUUAUAGCGAAGAAAGCGAGGUUGGUGGUAGCACCGAAUCCAAUCUCGAAUGGCAAGAACAGACAGAGGAGUACAAGUCAGUUUGUGCUACCAGUACCAAGUCUAUCGAUAAAGCAGCUUUCUACAAAAACAUGAAUGAUAUUGGCAUGGGUUAUGGGGCCCUUUUCCAAAAUCUGGACAAUGCAUAUGCUGGCCCAAAUUGUGGCUACGGCACCGUUACAAUUCCAGACACGAAGGCAGCCAUGCCCUUUCAAUAUGAGUAUCCCCACUUGAUACACCCAGCAACUCUUGAUGCUAUAUUCCAUCUACUUUUCAUCGGUAUCCACUCGGAUGAGAAUAUGACAGAUGCAGCUGUACCAAUAUCCAUGGGAAGCAUGUUCAUUGCAGCAGAUCUACCGAAGGGCCCGGGAAACAAAUAUCACGGCUAUGUUUCCGGGCAUAAAACCACAACAAGAGAAGGGGUUGGGGCUUUAACCAUAUCUGACGAGAGCUGGAGUGCUCCAAGAAUUAUCAUUCGAGACUUCAUAGCGCGCAACAUAACAAGUCCUGAUGCAUCAGAGACUGGUGAAAUCCAACGGAAGUUGUUCACGCAGAUUCAAUGGAUGGAGGAUGUCGACUACUUUCAGGGCCCAGAAGCGGAAAGUAUUCUGAAAGCCAGUGGGGAUCCAAAAUCACAGUUGAUAGCAUGGCUGCAACGGUUGUGCCACAAGUCCUCAGAUCUUUCGGUCUUUGUUGUAGGCAAUAAUGGCGACGAAGGCAUGCUUGAGAUCGUCCGUCAAUUCGCGCCUUUGCCCGGAAGUAGAGGACGGUUUGAUCAAUGUGUAGUCAUUGAAUGUACGGAGGAUAUUCUCAGCCAGACAAAAGGCAAAUUGGAUAAAGAUGACAUCGUCACAUCAUUCAGGGUUGCGGAUCUGUCCAAGCCACUAUCCGAGCAAGACAUUGAACCGUCAUCCUUCAAUCUGGUCUUGGCCAGUAGGCAGGACGAGUCCAUACUGGACAACAUCAAAUCCCUGGUUAAACCGGAUGGAUGGUUUAUAUUCGAUGCACCCGAAGGCUUUUUGGACUCUCUUGGGCUGAAACACGCUCUUACUCUUGAUUCUGAUGCCCCGAAAGAAACCCCAAUUGUUAUUGCAUCAGCAGUGACAAAGGACAAAAAUUGCCAGCUAGAUGAAGAAGUCGUGCUGCUGGAGCCUAAAGCCAUGUCUCCAGAGCUCAAGGCACUAAGAGAACGAUUAACUCAGGGACUGAAGAAGAUGGGUGCUCGCGUCGAAUACGGUCAAUUGUGCAAUGUUGAGGCUCUUCAUAAGAAGAAAAUCAUCUCUCUUCUAGAGGUCGAGCAGCCUCUUAUCAUCAGCUUGGAUGAGGAGCAGUUGGAACAAUUCAAGAGACUGUGUAACUCCAACGUCUACAUGCUUUGGACGAGUCGUGCGGGUCUCAAUUUCAGCCCAACUACGGGAUUUCUCCGCGUCAUACGGACUGAAAUCCCUCAGAUAUGUCUUCCCCAUCUUGAGAUUUCGCUGCAGUUACAGACGGGUUCAAAACAGUUUGCAGAUUUGAUUCUGGAUGCCUUUACAAGGACAGUGCGAGAAAAGAGCGAACAGCUCGACAUGGAAUAUUCUGAGAGGAAUGGACAGAUCUCUGUUCCACGUCUUAUCGCAAGCUCAAGCUUUGACUCAGAGCUUGAUAUCAACAGCGAAAAGCCUACAGCAGCCAUGUCUCGCCUCCAACAAGCGGGUCGCCCUCUGAAAUUGACCGUCACGGUGCCUGGACGUUUGAAUACUCUGCUAUGGAUCGAUGACGAGGAAGCCAUCCAGCCUCUCGCUGAAGAAGACGUCGAGUUCCAAGUCACCAACAUUCCGUUAAGCAGGGUUGAUUUGGACUGUGUUCUCGGUAACACUUCUACAACAAUCAUCGGUCGUGGAGCUACCGGGGUUGUCACGCGAGUGGGAUCCAAGGUCGUUAACUUCAAGCCUGGCCAGCAAGUUAUCACGCUGCAAUCAAACACAUGCCGCACUAUUGUGCGCCAAAAACAAGACCUUGUAGCAGCAGUUUCAAUCAGUUCAGACCUUGCUGGUGCAUAUUUCCCUCUCUCCAUGGUUACUGCGGUGCAUGCUUUCGAACUGGGCCGUGUUCAAAAAGGAGAAAAGAUAUUGAUCCAUUCUGCAGCGGAUGUGAUGGGCCAGACUGCUAUCCAAUUAGCGCAACAGCUUGAAGCCGAGAUUUAUGUCACUGUCAAUUCCAUUCGCGAAAAGAGUUUGCUCCGCGAACACUACGGAAUUCGAGAAGACCAUAUCUUUAGUGCCCAUGACACGACAUUUUCUAGAGGUAUCAAGCGGAUGACGAAUGGAGAGGGGGUUGAUGUGGUCUUGAACACGAUGGUUGGAAAGGGGUUUAGAGAAACCUGGUCAUGCCUUGCCGACUUUGGACGCUUCAUCGACGUCAGCCUCAAAGCUCGCAGCACGCUUAUUGAUGUCGGGCGUCAAAUCGUCUAUCAAAAGAUCAAUAUGGAGCAGCUCAUGGACAAGAAACGCCAUAUCGUGGCAGACGCUCUUAAGAAGACUUACGACUUAGUCAACCAACGUCUUCUCGGCACAUUUCACAAUCUAACACGAUAUUCAGUGACAGACACAAAGAAGGCCUUUGGCAUGCUUCAGUCUGUUGAUCAAUAUGCCAACGAAGUUUUGGUAGACUUCAACGCUAAUGCUCUAGCCCCAAUGAUCCCUUUCAAGCCCGCUUCUCUAGAACUUGACCCCACGGCGACUUAUAUAGUUUCUGGGGGAUUGGGUGGACUUGGACCAGGUAUUGUUUCAUUGAUGAUUGACCAUGGAGCGAAACACAUCGUCACUAUUUCGCGAUCUGGAGCCAAGUCCGAGAAGCAACGGGCAUAUUUACAAGGCUGGCAAGAUCGAGGAUGUCGAGUUGACGCACUUCGCUGUGACUGCACUGACCUUUUACAGCUUGAGGCCUUAGUAGAGCGGUCUAAGACCGAGGGCUGGAGGAUAAAAGGAGCCUUGCAACUUGCGAUGGUCUUGAGAGAUUCACCAUUUGAAACCAUGAGCUUUGAAAAAUGGCAAACCUCUCUUCGCCCAAAGGUUGAUGGAACCUGGAAUCUCCACAGCCUCCUGCCGAAGGAUCUGGACUUUUUCAUCACCAUGUCUUCAAUCUCGAAUAUCAUCGGAAAUGCUGGACAAGCAAACUACUGUGCUGGUAAUGCUUACCAAGAUGCCAUCUGCAAUUACCGUGCCUCACUGGGUCUCAAGGGCACAUCCAUCAACGUGGGCCUCAUGUCCGACACUGAAGAAUAUGGGACUAAUGAGGAGUGGUUCGGUUUUUUGGAGAGAAACCCUCAGUUUCUGCCUCUUGAACUAAAAGAGAAAGAUUUACACUGCGUGCUCGAAGCCUGCAUGAAGGGUCAUACAUCUGACGGCCUUGCCAUUCCAACAAAUAUCAUCACCGGUAUGGGCGAUGACCUGGAACGAGGCCGUGAUGGCGUAACACGACCAACAGCUGUCUGGGUGUCCGACCGCAAAUUCGAACUCAGGCAAAAGCCUACAUGCGAAAAGAUAUCUGACUCCAAUCGCAGUAAUGGGUCAACCAACACCCAGCUCAACACCGCCGCCAAACUUGCCGCCGCGACUACCAUCGCAGAAGCCUCGGCGGCAGUCGAGCUGGCAAUCCGACAUAAUAUCGCUAGCGCCAUGACUGCUGAUUCCGAGGACGUGGAUCCAGAAAAGCCGCUGCAUGCAUACGGAGUGGACAGUUUGAAGGCGGUUGAGGUGCGGAAUUGGGUUUUUAGAGAAAUCAAGACUGAGAUCAGUGUGUUUGAACUUUUGAGUCAGAUGUCGAUUGCCAAAUUGGCAGUCAAGAUGGCAGUCAACAGCCAAUUGGUUUCGAAGGAGGUCGCUAAGCAGGGCGGAGAAAUAAGUGUAUUUGAGUGA